AAGCCUCAAUAAAUACACACUAGUAAUCACCUAGUAGGUAUGAAGCUUUCCAAAUGUUCAGUUGCUUCAAUAUUAUAGGAUUGCGGGAUACGGGCCUUGGUCGAGGGCUACAGCUAUGUAGGUACUUGUACAGCUGCAGCCCGUCUGAUAGCUUGACGCCAGGGGGGCGUGGGGUAGAUAGUAAGAUCUAGCUCUAUCUUGAGACGGCCCCCUAUUCUCUUAGAACAGUUACUAUAGAGUGGAACAUACUUCAACUUACUUCAUAGGAACAGUAUACUCUGUACAUCAUAUAGUUUGCCUACCUAGGUAAAUAUCAUUUCCAUAAGCAAGCGAUCACCGCAAUAUCCUCUUCGCACUCACCUCUCGAUAUCUCUGCCCGUAAAUUGAUAUCCCCAACGAUGGAUUCUUUGCCCCUUUCAGAUUGGUAUAGCAAUAUCACAGGCUCGUGUGGGUCUUCUAACGUCUCCUAUGGCCUAAAGCUCCGAGAGAUACCUGACCAAGUAAUCAAUUUCUGGUCAUCCCUUCAUCCUGCCUUUCCGAUCAGGAACUGGGAAAAUGUAGACAGCUGGGUGUAUUGGCCGAUUAUAGGGGUACUGACCUUAUGUAUCACGUACAUUACGUCUACCGUCCAAUUCCAUAAAGUCAUGAAUAGCAACACCCACGGCACUCUGCGAGAAGUCCCAGUCGUAUCCUAUUGGGUUCCUGGACUCUUUCAUGCCUUUGCUUUCUUGGAUCCUGCUAGGUUCCUUCUGAAAAUACAGAAAACGUUUGAAUCAGACACACCACUUCAGCUUAAGGCUGGUCCAUCCCGCUUUUUUCUUUACAGGAAUUCAGAACAUAUCAAGGCCGUAUUUCGAGCUUCGAAGAGAACAACGAACAAGUCUACCACACUUUUCGCACUCCGAAAUCUUUUUGAUCUCCCAAAAAGCGCUGUUCAACUCUUCCAAGAAGAUGACUCUGGUACGGGCCUAAGGCCCCGCAAGGAGAGCAAAACAAGCCCGGAGAAUCGUAUCAACUACUUGGUAACCCAUACUUCCCGCGAAUUCCUAUCGUCAGAUUAUCUUGAGGACAUGAAUCGGAGAUACAUGUCAAUCCUACUUCGUCACCUAGAUACUUUCGACGUCCAAUCCGAAUGGGUCGAGUUCUCAGACCUACACGAAUUCAUUCAGCAGGCUACCAUAAGACCAUCUGUCGAAGCGCUGGUUGGUUCGGAAUUUUUUAAACUCAACCCUGAAUUUGAUAAGGACCUUUUCAUUUUUCAACACUACAUUCCUGACUUUCUCCACCUCUUACCCCGUUGGCUUAUCCCCACUGCAUAUCGAGUACGAAGGAGACUUCUACAAUCCAUCAAACGGUGGCACCAACAUGCACACAACCAUUACGAUUGCUCGAGAUACGGACCCGAGGAUCCAAAUUGGGAGCCGUAUUUCGGCUCCAAGCUCAUGAGGGCCCGAGAGCAUUACUCUCUUAAAAUCUCAAAAAUGACACCGGAUGCUCGAGCAACAGAGGAUCUCGGUUUGAUAUUUGUGGCGACUAUAAACGUCGUAACUUCCAUAUUUUGGUUCGUAUUUGAAGCACUCAAAGACUCGAAACUUUUGGCACGACUGGAUAAGGAAAUAUUGAUGUCUAGUACUAAAGGACGCACGGAGCCUGAUAUCAAAGGGUUGACAUCACAGCCUUUGCUACAAUCAACUUAUGCUGAAGUACUGCGUCUCUACUCUGCUCUUGUAGUUAGUCGAGUCGCCGAGUAUGGUGACAUUCAGGUCGCGGACUACCAUAUUCCAAAAGAUGGCUACAUAAUUAUGUAUAGCCGGAGCUCUGCACUUGAUCACCAGGCCUGGGAACGGGCUGGAAGGACGCUUAAGAAGUCUCUGGAAGAAUUCGACGCUGAAAGAUUCUUAGUCGAUCCGGACUGGGUUCGGCCCUCACUUUCCGGGGUGCACGACAAGAAAGCACCCACUGAGGAUCCAAACACUACAUUGUCCAAGAAACGGUUUACUUUGGAUGGGCUCUUGGGCCUUUGGUAUCCCUAUGGUGGGGGGGACCGCAUUUGUCCUGGACGCCAUUUUGCAAAACAUCAAAUGAUGUUAACCUUUGCCAUGCUACUUGCAAAGUUCGAUUUUGAAUUGACGGGCACGGAUACGAGCAAAGUGCUGCCAAACAUGAGAUUUGCACCAUUCGGCGUUCUUCCUCCAAACGGCAAAAUCCCGUUUCGCAUGAGAAGAAAGGCUUCUAUUUAAGAGAGGCGUGAGCAAUUCACAAGAAGCUUACUGGGUCGUUUUGACUUAACCCUUCCGUCACCCAGGAGAAUCCCUCAGUAACUUAACAGCCCCCUUUUUUACUCUCCUUUUGACAGUUAUUUUUUUUUCGUACCUAAAGCACUAGUAUCUAGGAAUACCUCUCUUCACAUGAUAGCUAUUAAUUCUAGAGUCAGCGCAACAUAAAAUACAUCUCUUUUAGUUCAGUGAAUU